AUUCAAAAGAUUAAUCUCCUGGACACCAUAAUUGUUAGGGGUUGCCAAGCAAAUCCGAUAUAAAUAGGAUUUAGAAAAUGAUUUGGGCAGUACAGUAUUUGGAACGCAACACUACGACUACAAAGGAGGUGAAAUAAUUAUCAGCACAUCAGACCCAUUAAAUUACCAAAUUAAAAUGGAAAACAAGAUGGUGUCAGUUUUGGUCGCUAUAGCAUUGUUCAUGCUCGUGUGUGGUGUCACAAAUGUAGGUGCAUCGAAUUCAACCACAACAACCGAAGAACCCACAACAACCGAGGAAUCCACAACAACAGAUGGAAAUUCAACCACCAUAGAACCUGAAACAACCACAGUUGCAGCUACUACCGUGAAUCCUAAUGCCACGACAAGCAAUACUACAAAUAACGGAGCAAAUGGAGCAAUUGCGACAACCACCGAUGGAAGUAAUUGGGGAGGAAGUGGUGCAACUCAGACAACAAUUAGCCUAUUAGCAAUAGCAACAGUCGUCAUGAGAAUCUUCCUACAAUAGCCUGACGAAGUAGCGGUUGCUUAGCAAUUAUAAAACAAUAGGUGCUAUGAUUACAGAUCAGUUAGAACGCCCCUUAAAGGACACCUAUAAUGCAAAAAAAGAAAAAAUGAAUACCAUGUGGACAGCUAUAUGAGUGAUUUUGGGCCGAGGACUAUUUAAUGCAGAAACAUUAUACCAUUAUGAGAGAGUAUAACUCACACACAUGAAGCGUUGAAUGGUUCUCUAUCCCCUUGCCAAAAAACACUGCCUACACAAGUAAAUGGGUGUUAGCGUGAACGGUUAAAAUCAAACUGAUGUGCAUGAAAACAAGUUUAUAUAUAAUAUUUAAUAAGAUGAUUGAUGUGGUCAUGAUCAAAUUUACCAUGGAGAUGAAUAUGAUUAUGGUAAAGUUGAUGAACAUUGCAUCUUGAGAAAAUGUUUAAAUAAUUUUAUAAAUUCUGUCUGAAAUGUCAGUUUUUUAAAUCGAUAUGGUCACACAAAUGUAGGCCAUAAAUGAAAUAAAUAAAGUUAAAAAACAA